AUGGAGCAGUCGCAGAUAAUCGCCUCGAAUUUGCGUGCUAUUCUUUCGAGAAUUCAUGCGGCAGCAAUUAAACAAAAACUCGAAAAGAGAAAGUAUUUUCGGAAUCAAAUUCCAUUGCUCGUCGCCGUUUCGAAGACUAAGUCGACCGAACUUAUCGCGUAUGGCGUUUGUUUAUUCGUUAAAUUUUAUCGAAAUAGUUGUUACGAAGCCGGACAACGACACUUUGGCGAAAAUUAUUAUAAAGAACUCGAAAUGAAAGCAAAUGAAUUGCAGUCUCGGUGCCCAGAUAUUCGAUGGCAUUUUAUUGGGCAAUUACAGUCGAAUAAAGUUGGAAUUUAUCACUUUUAUGCUUUUAUUUCUUUUCCAAAUAAUUCUCUUUUAUUCUGUUUCUUAAUUGAAAGGAUUUUCCAUUUUGCGAUUUGUAACAUAUUUCUCUUUAUUCGAUUAAUUUUAUCAGAAUUGGAAGGCUUUUUUCUUCUAAAACACUGUUUAUUAUUGCAUGAAGAAGCGUUAAAAAGGGGCAAAAUUUUACGAGUUUUGGUGCAAGUAAAUAUAAGUAAAGAAAUGCAAAAAGCUGGUACAACAGAGGAACAGGCUAUUGAAAUUGCCAAAUUUAUUGUCGAAAAAUGCGCAUCGUUGAAAUUUUCUGGUUUCAUGAUGAUAGGGUCGAUUGCUAACGAAAAUCAGGACAAAUCCAUUGAAGAAUUCAAAAAAUUGUUUGAAUUGCGUGAAAGAUUUUGCCACUUAAUGGGAUUGGAAGAAAAUAAUUUCGAUCUAUCAAUGGGAAUGUCGAAUGAUUUCGAAAUCGCUAUUCUCCAUGGAAGUAGUUGUGUAAGAAUUGGCAGUGCAAUUUUUGGCGAAAGAAGCUAA